AUGAAGACCACUUUCCUCGUUUCCCUGGCCACCGCUGCCCUCAGCAGCACCGCCGCCGCCGUCUCCGUCAGCGGCUCGGCCGAGGGUUUCGCCAAGGGUGUGACCGGCGGUGGUAGUGCCACAGCCGUCUACCCAGACACCAUCGACGAGCUGGUCUCGUACCUGGGAGACGACGAGGCCCGCGUCAUUGUCCUCUCUAAGACCUUCGACUUCACCGACAGUGAAGGCACGACCACCGAAACCGGUUGCGCACCUUGGGGCACCGACGCGGCGUGCCAGGUCGCGAUUAACCAGAAUGACUGGUGCACAAACUACCAGCCUGACGCUCCCUCCGUCUCGGUGACCUACGACAAUGCCGGAACCCUCGGUAUCACCGUUAACUCGGACAAAACGCUUAUCGGCGAGGGCUCCGCCGGUGUGAUCAAGGGCAAGGGUCUGCGCCUUGUUAGCGGAACCAGCAAUGUCAUCAUCCAAAACAUCGCCAUUACUGAUAUCAACCCCAAGUACGUCUGGGGAGGUGACGCCAUCACUCUGAACGACGUGGAUAUGGUCUGGAUCGACCACGUUACUUGGUCCUACGGCCAGGAGUAUAUGCUAACGUUAGCAAAGACCGCUCGCAUUGCUCGUCAGCACAUCGUCCUCGGCACCGAAGCCGACAACCGCGUGACCAUCUCCAACUCGUUCAUCAACGGUGAAUCCGACUACUCGGCCACUUGCGAUGGUUACCACUACUGGGGUAUCUACCUCGACGGCUCCAGCGACAUGGUCACCAUGAAGGGCAACUACAUCUACCACACCAGCGGUCGUAGUCCCAAGGUCCAGGGUAACACUCUGCUGCACGCUGUCAACAACUACUGGCACGACAACUCUGAUCACGCCUUCGAGAUCGGUGAGGGUGCCUACGUGCUCGCUGAAGGAAACGUUUUCCAGAACAUCCCCACCGUGGCCGAGGACCCCAUUGAGGGUGAGCUCUUCGCUUCUCCCUCCGAAUCUGCCAACGAGGUUUGCUCGACUUACCUUGGCCGUGUUUGCGAGCUCAACGGGUUCGGCAGCUCUGGCACCUUCAACCAGGCCGACACCGAUUUCCUCAGCAAGUUCGAGGGCAAGAACAUCGCAUCCGCCGACUCCUACAGCAGCGUCGCUUCUAGUGUCGCCUCUUCUGCCGGUAACACCCUUUAA